UCCUCUGGGGAGCCUCAACAACAUCAUGAUGCUGACGAGGCAGAGAAGAGUCUCUCCAGAUCAGAACACCUCAAGAAACACCAGCAGAGAUCCACAGGGAAGAGAACUCACUGCUGCUCUGACUGUGGGAAGAGUUACUCAACAUCAGAUUCACUAAAAGUACACAAGAGAAUACACCAGAGAGUACACACAGGAGAGAAACCUCAUCACUGUUUUGAUUGUGGGAAGAGUUACUUAAAAUCAGAUUCACUGAAACUACACCUGAGAAUUCACACUGGAGAGAAACUUCACUGCUGCUCUGACUGUGGGAAGAGAUUCACCUCUUCAGUAGACCUUAAAAUACAUCGGAGAAUUCACACUGGAGAGAAACCUUAUAGCUGUGAUCAAUGUGGGAAGAGUUUUACUAAGCCAAGCAACCUGAAAUCACACCAGCGAAUACACACUGGAGAGAAACCUUAUGGCUGUGAUCAAUGUGGGAAGAGUUUUACUCAGUCAAGCGGCCUGAUAUCACACCAGAUAACACACACAGGAGAGAAAUCUUAUAGCUGUACUCAAUGUGGGAAGAAUUUUGCUACAUCUGUCUAUCUGAAGAUACACCAGAGAAUACACACAGGAGAGAAACCUUAUAGAUGUGAUCAUUGUGGGAAGAGUUUUGCUACAUCUGUCUAUCUGAAGAUACACAAGAGAAUACACACAGGAGAGAAACCUUAUAGCUGUAAUCAAUGUGGGAAGAGUUUUACUCAGUCAAGCAGCCUGAAAUCACACCAAAGAACACACAGUAGAGAAACCUCAUAGCUGUAAUCAAUGUGGGAAGAGUUUUACUCAGCCAAACAGCUUGAUAUCACACCAGUGGACACACACAUUAGAGAAACCUAAUGGCUGUGAUCAAUAUGAUGAGAUACUCUGAU